AUAGCGGCGGACAUGGCCCGUCCUUUUAACCGCAGGCGCAACGGGACGUUGCGCCUAUGCGAUGACGCCUGUGGUGCCUAACUGCCCCCGCUGAUCGAGCGCUUCGCCUUCGACGAGAACCUGCACGAGGGCAUGCGCACUCGCGUGUACUGCAACAUCGCCCGCGGCGACCCGCCCGUGCGCAUCACGUGGCUGCGCGACGGGCAGCCCAUCAAGUCCGGCCACGGCCAGGAGGUGCGCGUGCUCGACCCUUUCUCGGUGGCGCUGGCCAUCGACAGCCUGAGCCCGAGCCACGACGGCAGCUACACGUGCGUGGCCUCCAACGCGGCGGCCACGGUCAACUACACGGCGCCGCUCAGGGUGCACGUCCCCCCGCAUUGGAUCAAAGAGCCGGCGGAAACGUCGGCCGUGGAAGGCCACAGCGCGAGCAUGGACUGCGUCGCCGAUGGCCAUCCAACACCAAGGGUCACCUGGCACAGAGGAAUUGAGCCAAGCACCACGGAAUAUCGACAGAUUCUCAGCGGCCCCGACUACCAAGUUUUCGAGAAUGGCACGCUACGCGUAGCUCAGGUGCGAGUCUCGGACCGCGGUUCGUACCUGUGCCAAGCCAGCAACGGCGUCGGCACAGGACUCAGCACCGUCAUCACACUCAACGUCCAUGUGCCAGCGCGCUUCGACGAGUCGUACCGGAACCAGACCGUGCAGCGGGGUCACAGCGUUGGCCUCGAGUGCAGAGCCUCCGGCGACGCGCCCAUCACCAUCAGCUGGAGCCGCAACGGGCGCCGACUGGACACUCACAAAUUGAGAGGCUCGCGCGUGAAGAACAAGUCUCUGCCGGACGGCCUUCUGUCCACCCUGUCGUUGCCCGGAGCACAGCGGGAGCACUCGGGCAUAUACGUGUGCGAAGUGGCCAACAACUACGGGCAGGACGAGACGCACAUCCGGCUCAUCGUGCAAGAACCUCCAGAAGCGCCUCCUGGUUUCAACGUGACCAGCGUCAACAGUCGCUCGGCGAGCCUGACCUGGGGCGAGCCAUACAACGGGAACAGCCCCAUUCUGUCCUAUCUCAUCCAGUACAAGAACGCCUCUGUGAGCUGGUCGGCGGACGCGGGUUCCCGGGUCCGCAACGUGAGCGCGGGCCGUGACCAGACCUCGUGGACCGUGCGCAGCCUGCAGCCGUCCACCGCCUAUCACCUGAGGGCGGCCGCGGUCAACGCUCUUGGCGUGGGGCCGUUCACCGAGCCGCCCCUGCUGAUCACCACCGACGAAGAAGUGCCUGGGGGUCCACCAACACAUGUUUCCGUCCAGACGUUAGGUCCACAGUCCCUUAAGGUCACCUGGAAGCCCCCGGUGCCCGAGCUUCGUCACGGCCGCAUCAGGGGCUACUACGUCGGCUACAAGCUGCACAACUCCAGCGACCUGCACCUGUACAAGACGGUCGAGGGCAGGACGGAGGAGGGCGAGGACCCGGAGGCGGCCGGCGAGUGCGAGCUCAGCAACCUGCGCAAGUUCACCAAGUACAGCGUCCUGGUGCAGGCGUACAACGCCGUCGGCGCCGGGCCGCGCUCCGACGAGGUCAUCGUCUACACCGCCGAAGACGUGCCCCAGGUGGCCCCGUCGGGUGUCCACUGCUCGGCCAGUUCGGCCACGAGCCUGCGCGUCUCGUGGGCACUGUUGCACGAGAAAAGUUUGGACGGCCUCCACAAAGGUUACCGCGUCCUCUACAAGCUGAUCGACCAUAGCUUCUAUGCCUCAGAAGAAGUCGAGACGGCGUCGUCCCAGGCGCCCUCCUGGACCGAGCGCGACGUGCCCCCCGACGCCACUUCGGCCGUGCUGGGCGGCGUGGAGCCCUUCCGCAACUACAGCGUACGCGUGGCCGCCCGCACUGGUGCGGGCACGGGGGCAUUCAGCGAGCCCGUGCACUGCAGCACACCGGAGGACGUGCCCGAGGCACCUGCGGACAUCAAGGCACUGGUGCUGGCGCCAGACGCCAUCCUGAUCAGCUGGCUUCCACCACCCAAGGCGAAGGGCGUGCUCCAGCGGUACACCGUGUACAGCCGGGUGCAUGCCCACGCGCCCAACCAGCAGGCGUCGGGCGGUGUGCCUGCGCGACCGGUGUCCGUGCCAUCGUCCCAGUUCUGGCACGAGACCCGCGGCCUGCGCACGGGACAGCGCUACGAGUUCUGGGUCACCGCGUGCACGGGCGCCGGUGAGGGACCGGCUACGCGCAUCGUCACCCAGAGUCCAGAAGUGCGGGCUCCCGCGCGCAUAGCGUCGUUCAGCCGGGAGGUGAGCGUGGCCUUGAAGCAAGAUCUCGAGCUUCCCUGCAGGACAGCGGGCCAACCGACGCCAGUGAGAGAGUGGCGGACAAGUUCCGGAGCUCUGCGGGAUAGCGAACGCAUGCGCGUGCUCCCUUCGGGCACCCUGCACAUCGAGGCAGCCGAAGCAAGGGACGCCGCCAACUACAGCUGCCACGCGCACAACCUGUACGGACGGGACGCUGUCCACUACGCCGUCCGGGUGCACGUGAACAUAUCUCAAAAAUCUCCCCGGAGGCCCGCCUCCGUGAACGUGCUGUCGACGACGUCCAAUAGCAUCACGCUGGGCUGGCUCAACAGGAACACCGCCAAGGGAGCGAACGCGCCCAAGGUCAAAGAGUACGAGGUGCACUACAAGAGGCAGCAGGGCUCCUGGGACCUGGUGCGCGUCGCUCCUCCGCAGCCAAGGUCCGGCGGGGACGCUACAGCAAGAGACAUCCCCUCGCCUUCCAGGCUGGCCACGGCCACCCACGUCAACGGCAGCUGGUUGAGCCACGAGCUGAGCGGCCUGUCCUGCGGCACGCAGUACCACAUCUACGUCGUGGCUGUGGCCGACAGGGGUCGCAGCGAACCCAGCGACACCGUGUUCGCGAGGACGCAGGGAGGAGUACCCACUUCGCCCAAGCGGGAGGCGUUCGUGACGCCCAACGCGAGUUCGCUGACCCUUCGUCCGUCCUCCUGGGCGUCCGGUCCGGCCGGCUGCCCCGUGUCGCACCUUGCCGUCGAGUACAGGCCUCGCGACGGCACGGGUCCCUGGACGGUGGCCUCGCGAGCGCUGCAACCUCGCGAGGGCCCCAUGACACUGCACCACCUGCGGCCAGACACCUGGUACAACCUGCGCGUCACGGCGCACACCGAGGCCGGCACAACCUCCGCCGAGUACGCCAUCCGCACGCUGCCGGCUUCGGCCACGCUUGCAGGCACCGUCCUCCCCGAGUUGAUGGUGGUGAACGGUGGCGGCGGCGCGGACGGCGACUUGCCACUGUUGGUUCCCAUCGCCACCUCGCUCAGCUUGGCUCUGGCCGCCGCCACCCUGGUGUUGGGCUACGUCUGCUGCAGGAGGCGUGCGGAGCCUGCCUUCGCCAAGGAUCACGAGGGCCACCCAGUGGGAGGAGGCGGCCGCAGUGCCAGCAAUGACACCCUUGCCGAGUCGGCGCUAGUGAAGCGUUCCAGCAUCGACAACGUCCUCUCGACGCUCACGUCGGCGUCCGGCCGCCAGGGCUCAUCCUGCCUGGCCUCACCGGGCCGCCAUUCCGUGGUGGCGCCCGCAGCCACACCCACGCAAGGUUCAAUUGAUGACAUAUCAGGGUAUGCACCGUUUCCAGAAACUCAAAUAAAGUCCAGAAUAGUGCUCAAGAAAACGCAGGAACAACCUGUGGCAAAUACAAGAACGAAGAGGCCGUUUUCAAUACAUAAUCUCGCUGGCAGUGAUGAUGCACAGAAAGGAGACAAGGGAGCCGAAGCCACCCACACGCCGACAGCACAGUUCAACCACUACGACAACCCAAAAGCGACGAAAGCUGCGGGCUGUACCAAGAAGUGGCAGCACCCGGCCGAGAAAGGCAGUCGGCCCUAUGUGAUACCACAGGAAAAUAAGUCCACCCUGGAAAUGGAGACUGAAGGAGACGAGUCACCACGGUGGUCACGAUCACGAAGAAGCAACAGUAACUUCGCAAACUCGGGAUCCACCAUGGUAGAGAAGACGUACUUCUUUAGCGGAGAAGAACUACGCAGUGAUGUACAAGCAUUUUGUGUGGCCCUCUCCCCAAGAAUGGCAAUGGAGUAUGCAUCAGAAGAAAUCAAGUUUUCUUAGAAGUGGAGGUGUCUCACAAACACUGAAAGACACCACACAAAGAAACCACAUAAGCCUGGG